UGAAAAUGUGAAGAUUAUUAAACGAAACUCAAGUGAAUCGAGAAUUGAAGAAGUGAUAAAAAAAUGCUCAAAAAUAAGAAAAUAAUUUAAUCUCUUUAGAAUCCUUAAAAUCAUACAUAUAAACGUGAAGACAGAACUAAACUUACCUUACUCGAAUAUCAAAUAAAGAUCAGUGAAGAAGAUAUUUUUUUUUGUAUAAAGGCACACACAGUAAAACGUAAAUUUACCAAUCAUGACGGAAAUAGAUAAAAUCAUCUUUAAGAAUUCAGUUGUUAUGCUGCUGUUAUUUACAUUCACAAAUGCAAGUAAAGGAUUACGAAAUCUCACGUUAUCCGUAUAUCCGGAAGUUAUAAGACGAGGUCAGAGUGCACAGCUACACUGCAAUUACGAAGUAUUUGAUGUGCCGUUAUAUUCAGUGAAGUGGUACAGAGGAAUAUUUGAGUUCUAUCGCUACACACCAUUCGAGCAUCCGCCUGGAAAGACAUUUUUCUUCAACACCGGCAUCAAAGUUGAUCUGUCAGUGUCAAAUGCAAGCCAUGUUACACUCCGUAAUGUGGAUUUUAAUCUCAACGGAAACGUCUCAUGCGAAGUGACGACAGAGUCUCCAAGUUUCUAUACAGCAACAGCCACGAGCGUUUUGCAAGUUGUGGAAGAAUACGAGUGGGUGAAUGUGAUGCAAGCUAAGCGUACACAAAAGAUGUGGAAAAAAAAAUUCACAGAGGAAAUUGCUCAUGCUGCUUGUGAUACAGUUGAACCUCUACAAAGAUUUAUUGAAGUUUAA